AUGUCACAAAACAAUUCAACUGGCUUUGUAAAUGCUGAAAGGUCUUACAACAACAUAACGUUGAAAAAUUUAACAGCAUUUCAAUUGUUAUCUCAAAGAGAAAAUAUAUGCGAACUAUUCGACCUAGUAGAGGGCACAAAAAGACAUAGCAUCAUCGUUGAUCCUGAAAGACAAAGGAGGAAUUUGGAAGAAAUGAGGACAAUGCUCGAUAAUUUGAAAAAUGAAGAAAGAACAUAG